AUGAGUUACUAUCAGCCGAGAGUUUACUCCACGACUAAGCAUUUAGAAAAAGCUGGAGCAGAGCCUGUAGCUCGUUACUCUGAUGUCAGCAAAAAAGAUUUCUUGCCAAAUGAGGGUGAUCAAUUACAAGUUAAUGUCGAUCUUGAAUCAUCACCAUACAAGACUAAAAUUUUCAUGGCACUAUUGUUGACUAUGUCUAUGACUUAGACUCUAUAUCUCAAUAUAUCAACUUUUCUUCCAUAAUACAGAAAAGAACAUCAUGGAUCUAUUAACGAUGGAGAGGUUGGUAUCAUUCUUUCAAUGUUUCAAUUGGCUUAUCUAUUAGCUGCUCCUCUAGUUGGCGCAAAGCUAGGGAAAAUAGGUAGGAAAAAUUGUAUAGUAAUUGGCUAUUUACUUAUUAUUAUGGCUACUGUGGGUUUCGGACUCUUAGCAUAUAUUCCUGAUAACAAUGAUGGUCCAUUUUUCUGGCUUGGAAUAGCAUUUAGAUUUAUUUAAGGAGCAGGUGAUUCAUUUGUUAGCACUGCAGGAUAUUCAGUAGUCACGAUAGAGUUCCCAACUAAAAAGGACGUCUAUAUUGGAUAUUGCUAAGCUGCUGUAGGACUCGGUCUAAUGCUUGGUCCAGUUCUAGGACAAUUAAUAUACUCAGGAGUAGGAUAUGCUCCUACAUUUUAUUGCUUUGCUGGAAUUUUAACAGUAGCUUUGAUCAUCGUUAUCAUCAUCAUUCCUGGUCAUCUUAAUGAAAUGCAAUUUGAUAUGUCUCAAAAUCAAUCAAUGGUUGAUUCAUUUGAUGAAAAUGGAAACUUAGUAGACGGAAAGCCUUUAUAAAUUACAUACAUGCUCAUGCUGAGGAAUCCAAGAGCAAUGAUGGCAUCAGUCUCUUCAAUGUUUUCAAUGAUUUUCAUGUUGUUUUUCGAUUCAAUAUUGUCAGACCAUCUCAUUUAUGAUCAAGGCGUUAACAAAAACUCUAUUGGACUGUUAACUAGAGUAAUUGCAAGAAGAUAUGUAACCUGUUCAUCAUUUUUCAUAGCAACAGUUGCACUCUUCAUGUUUGGCCCAUCUAAAAUUUUAGGAUUUGGAACUAAUCUUGCCUUGUCAACAGCAGGAUUGGCUCUACUUGGUGUUGCCUGUUCAGUAAUCUUUGUACCUUUGCUUUCUGAAAUUAUUGAGGGAGUUAGAGAAAAGGAAAAUAUCCAAGGGGAUAAUCCAGAAUUAAAUGAUAAAGCAGCUGGCUUAUUCAAUACAGCUUACGCUAUUGGCUGUAUUAUAGCUCCAAUUCUAGGAGGUUAUCUCAAUGAGAAAUUGCAAUUCCAAUAUACUUGUGAUAUUAUGGCUUGCUCUUCUGCUCUGUUCGGAGUUCUAUACUUCCUAUUCAGAAUCAUUCCAAGUUUCUUUGAAGCUAAGGUUGAAAAAGGAAGUUAACUACAUCAAGAUGACUCUGAAAAGUAAAAACUUAACUAGGCAGAUACUGAUACUGGCUCUGAAAAGCUAAAGAAGAAAUAAAUUAAAAAUGAAAAUAGCACUAUUACUGAUAUGGGCACAUAAAACAGCAUGCUCAGAGAACCACUAAAAGGAGUACUUAACUAUAGCAACUACAUAUCUUAAAAUGGAGAAAGUUAAAUUGUCUCUGAUCAAAAUAGUAAAAUAGAAACUUAAAAAAUGGAGUGA